UGGAAUGGCGGAAGCAUCUCAGACCGGUGCGGGUGUUUUCAAUAUUUAUGUGAAGUUUAUGCAGUCCCAUGUGGCAUGGAGCGUGGUGCUGUUGCUGGGAGUAAUCACGGAAGUGGUUCUGGGGGCUUUAGUGCUAAAGGUGGACGUCGCACAGCCCCAAAGGGAACUGAAGCACUUUUGGAAAAGCACCGGCUAUUGUCCUCCUCUCCCGCACAACAGAGCCGAUUUGUUUGACCUGAGUAAAGACCAGAUCGUUAACCUGGCCUACAUUUCUUCCGUGCCUCACAAUGGCAUCGAACAAGUGCGGAUCCACUGGCUGCUGGAACUUAUUCGAGUUGGGGUGACAAACGGGACACUUCAUUACAAUUUCACCAGCCUGGAUAACUUUAUGGAUCUUCUCUGGGAAAACAAGCUAAAUCCAGGAUUUGAAUUGAUGGGAAGUCCUUCAGGAUACUUCACUGACUUUGAAGAUAAACAUCAAGUGAUACGGUGGAAGAGCUUAAUCGCACAGUUGGCCAAAAGAUAUGUAGAGCGGUAUGGGUUGGAACACGUUGCCAAGUGGAAUUUUGAGACCUGGAAUGAGCCCGACCACCAUGACUUUGACAACGUGUCAGUGACAGCCAAUG